CAAUUCCAGGGUAGCCAUGGACAAAAGCGAGUUGGUGCAGAAGGCCAAACUGGCUGAGCAGGCCGAGCGUUACGAUGACAUGGCUGCUGCCAUGAAGGCCGUCACCGAGCAGGGACACGAACUGUCCAACGAAGAAAGGAAUCUGCUCUCGGUCGCCUACAAGAACGUCGUCGGCGCCCGUCGCUCCUCGUGGCGUGUGAUUUCCAGCAUCGAACAGAAAACAGAGAGGAAUGAGAAGAAACAGCAGAUGGGAAAAGAGUAUCGUGAGAAAAUUGAGGCUGAAUUGCAGGAUAUCUGCAAUGAUGUUCUGGAACUCCUGGAUAAAUACCUUAUUGUCAAUGCCACGCAGCCAGAAAGCAAGGUCUUCUAUUUGAAAAUGAAAGGCGAUUACUACAGAUACCUUUCAGAGGUGGCAUCUGGGGACAAUAAGCAAACAACCGUAGCAAACUCUCAGCAAGCUUACCAGGAGGCUUUUGAAAUUAGCAAGAAGGAGAUGCAACCAACGCACCCUAUUCGACUCGGUUUGGCUCUCAAUUUCUCUGUCUUCUAUUACGAGAUACUAAAUUCUCCUGAAAAAGCCUGUAAUCUGGCAAAGACGGCAUUUGAUGAGGCGAUAGCAGAGCUGGACACGCUGAAUGAAGAGUCCUACAAAGACAGUACUCUCAUCAUGCAGCUGCUUAGGGACAACCUCACUCUAUGGACGUCGGAAAACCAGGGAGAUGAAGGGGACGCCGGGGAGGGGGAGAACUAAUGGCUGUCACGCUUCACUAUAUGUUCAAUGUCACCCUGUAUCCUACACAUAUAUCCCUUUGUGCGACAAGCAAAAAGAAUAGUACAUCGACUUUCACAACCUCAGCGUAGCAAAAACUGUCUGUGGGGUAAAAACGGUUGGUUGGUGUUUUGUGUACUUAUAAUGGAGGUCGGUUAUUAGAAUGGCAUUCUGAACUUUCCUAUUAUGAACAUUUGCAGUUAUGAUUACCGUGUUUAUAUUUUUAACUGAACACUGUGAUUAUGGGUUUUGUGAUUGCCAUUGACUUUACAAAACUCUUAUUGGUAGAGAAGUAGACAUCAAUUAUGUAACUCUGGCAAGCUUAAUUUGGCACUAAAACAGUCGAAGUACAAUUCUGUUGUAAAGUUGUACAGAAAGUUAUAGAGAUUCUAUUGUGACACUGGGGCAUGGAAGGAAAACAAUCCAAUGUUUGGCAUUCCAGUUAGGCACACUGCUAUGAAUGAGUUUACCAGGCAUACUCUGUAGACAUUUUUAACCACCUCUGAGACACCGCUUUCAGUCAAAAGCUCACUUUGUCAAUCGUAUCUUUUGGGGGAUUGGGUUUAUUUGGGGUAGAAGGGUAAUGGGGGGAGUUAGCAGCUUGAUUUCCAAACUCUUUAUGCUGGCAGAUAACUGGGAUUUGAGUUUUAAAAAUGAUUUCAUGCUCAUACAAUGUGCAUGACUAAGCCCCUGCCCACAGCAAUAAGUUACCUAAUUAUACCUUAAAUGAUCUUCAGUAGUAAGACUUCUUGGUUCACUACCAUGGACUUUGCAAUAGGAGAAGAUUCAAUUUUUUGAAUGGCCUUAUUAGUUCGGAUGAUACCAUAAAAUGAUACGCCACCCUUGCAUUACUUUCUUCUUAGAUGAAUUGAAAUCUCCAUGGUAAUCCCAUUUUGAAUUUACUCUGAAAACCUCUCAAUAUUCCACUGAGCCAUCUUUAAGAUUGCUUUAUAGAUUUUUUUUCUCCCAUUGAAGUGUUUAUCCUCAACCCUGUCACCUGUUUAAACUUCAUUAAAGCAACUUCAGACUCCCACAUAAUGCUUCAUCUUUUUUCUCAUUUCAUUUUUGUUUUAAUAUGGCUGAUGUCAGGAUGGAGGAGGGGAGACCUGAGUCUGCUAGUGGACAGGUUUCUUCCUCGGAUGUUUGAGAGCUGCCAGUGCUGUUGCAGCCUUGGGCUCUUUCUCUCUGCCACUUAGAGACAGUUCCAGAAUCCAGCUCAAAUAUUCCGGAUUUCCCAUUUAUUGUACUGGAAUGCAGACCUUAUACAUUUGCAAUGCUUGUAACUUGUAAUAUUUGAGCUCCAAGUAUCCUCACCUGCUUACAUUCUCAAACAUGUCCCAUUAAAUACACCUAAGAAGAGUUGUGUGAACAAGGCAGUGAAAAAGAUUAGGAAUAGUCACCUGUCAGCCUCACGGUAUCAUCCCUGUACCUUAACAUUCCACUUAGGAUAGGAUCCAUCUGUUUGUCUGUCCAUCUGUCUGCUGAAGAGAGAAUUUCAUGCACUGAUUUUAAAGACUCCCCUCUACUAGCUGAACAAAUUGUGCAGUUAAUACUUGGCGCUUGAUAAAUGCAGUAGUGAAUGUGGAACCGAGCCUGUCUGUAUAUCUGGUAGCUCUUUUCGCUUUGUUUUUACUGACCAGUAUUCUGCCUAAAGUUUGCUUCUGUGAUGGUUAUAUUGCCUAGCACACACGUGGUUGUGAGAAUAGUAUAGCAAAAAGAAAUACCUGGUUAUUGAUGUACUAGAUUUGUGUAUGUCUUUUAAACAGUUCUAGUUUCACCUUACACAAAAUAAUCAGGAAAGUGUAAAAGAAUUCAAAAGUGAAUAAAAAAAUUUUAUCA